AUGUCGUCGAUGGGUGACUCUAGCUGGUCAGCGGCUGCUUCAUCUACUUCAGACCCGCCCGAUCAUGGAGUGGCCGGAGCCGGUACUGAUGGGACAGAUAUGUACAAUCAUUACAAUAAUGUCGAGCCUACUGACAACGAAGUUGAUGAUGAGCUCAAAGAACUGCUCGACAGUGCAUUGCAAGAUUUUGAUACCCAUCCAGGUUGUGGCUAUGCCACAUCAGGUAUAGGUUCAAAUGAAGAAGAAGCAAGAGUUGGAGGACUGGGAUCUGCUGCAUCAGAUUCUUCAAUGAAUCAUCCUCAGUCACCAUCUUCAGCUUCUACCAAUCAGUUUGUGUCAUCUACAUUCAGUGGGUUACACACAUCAACACAUGAAGGAGGGGAUGACUCAGCAGGUAGGGACCUGGCUGAACAACUUGAUGAAGCCAUGCGUUCUUUCAUUGGAGAUGACCCGGAACUUAUGCAAAACAUUGAAAUCCUUGCCAAAGCUGCAGAAUCCGCUGGUGACUCCCCAGAGGCCCAGAAGGAGUUUGCUGAUACUCUUGCUAAAACAUUGAGCAGUUUGGCCCAAAAUGCUGAGGGUUUACAGGAGCAGCUGAAUGAAGAUGAAUUGAAUCAAGCAUUCAGUAAUCUGGGUCUUAACCCAGGGAAUGUUGGAGUUGGACUGGAUGGAAACACUGGAGGUGGAGGGGCUGAUAACCCAGAUAUUCUUCCAGUGAUGCAGAAUAUGAUGAAAACACUUCUGUCCAAAGAAGUCCUCUAUCCAUCCUUAAAAGAAAUAUCUCAAAAGUAUCCUAAAUGGUUGGAAGAAAAUGAGGGAAAGACGGAAAAGGAGUUGAUUGAAAAUUACACUCUGCAGUACAACCUGAUGAAAACCAUUUGUCAAGAGUUUGAGAAAGAAACCACAGCAGACAGUGAAGAUACUAAAAACCACAGAUUUAAAAGAAUACUUGAACUUAUGCAGGAAAUGCAAGAAUUAGGUCAACCUCCCAAAGAAAUCCUUGGAGAAAUGGCCCCUGGUUUAGAAUUUGAUGCAAAUGGCUUUCCCAAAUUAUUGAAUUCUAAUCAAUGUACAGUAAUAUUUCACAUUUUUGACGGCACAAGAAUUUUUCUUUUUUUUCUUUUUUCUGGAAAUCCCCACCCCUGCAUUUUAAAAUAUCACUUAAAAUCCUCUCCUCCCUUUCUCUCUCUCCCUGAACAAAUACCAAGUCACCUUGCUAGUAAUUAA